ACCCAUUUGCGCCUGUUGUCUACUUUUGUAGACACUAGCAGUUAUCAGUACACUAGGACCUAAUUAUGAGCGCACAUUUGUUUAUCAUUGUUAUUCUAUACUUGUUGUCAUGAUAAGCGUUAAUUGGACUACUUUGCUAGACAAAAUGCAGACCACUACGUUAUUUGCAGUGUGUUUUCAACAAGAAUGUGAUAAAAAUUGCCUUGAAAAUAUUAUUGAAAAUGGCUAGCAGAAACAGAAGAUACACAGUAAAUGAAAUCAUAUCAAUGCUUGAGGAUGAAGGUAACUUUGAAAGGGCAGAUAUACAUGUUCAACCACCUCCUGUAGAUGAACUGACAGAUGAAGAUAGUGCAAGUGAAGAUGAAGAAGUAGGUUACAACAACCUCAGUGGACGUCAGUUAGACCAACAAGCAACAGCGACAGUUAUUCGCCUAGAUGGUCGUCAUGUUGUUGUUGAUUGUUGAUGUUGUUGGAUCUUCCUAGCAAUUCUGCUUAUAUCAGGCUAUAACACUGUGCCAAGACGGAGACAGUUCUGGAGCCGGGAUGAUGACGUAAGGAAUGAGGCAAUAGCUCGUACAAUGCCUCGAGACAGAUUCGACAUAUUGGUGCGAUAUGUACAUCUUUGCGAUAACAACAAUCUUGACAGAGAGGACAAGUUUAGCAAAGUAAGACCACUGCUAUGUCUGCUGAAUGAGCGCUUCUUGUUAUACUACUUGAAAGAGAAAAACCUUUCAAUCGACGAAAGCAUGAUCCCGUACUAUGGGCGACACGGAGCGAAACAGUUUAUUCGUGGGAAACCAAUUAGGUUCGGUUAUAAGAUGUGGGCGUUAACGACAGCACUUGGAUAUGUUUUACAAUUUGAGCCCUAUCAAGGGGCAAAAGGCCACCAAACCCAUGAUCCUGGCUUCCUUGGAAUGGGCGGAGCAGUAGUUAUGGACCUGCUUUCAGAGCUGCAGAAAGAUGAUGCAUACCAUCUGACUUUUGAUAAUCUAUUUACUUCCCUGAAGCUCGUGGACCGGCUUACAGAUAUGGGAAUAUCUUGCACAGGAACCAUCCGUGCCAACCGAAUAGAAGAUUGUCCUGUCAAAAAUGUAAAAGACAUGGGAAAAACGCAACGAGGAAACUAUGAUAAAAGGUAUGACGCACACAAAGGUCUGAUAGUGGUGAGGUGGAAUGACAACAAUAUAGUGAAUGUGGUGUCAAAUUGCCAUGGAGUUGAACCAUUGCAACAAGCAACACGGUGGUCAAAGCAGGCAAAAGCUAGGGUGCGCCUUCCGCAGCCAUACCUUAUAAAGCAUUACAACCAGACAAUGGGAGGUGUGGACAGGAUGGAUCAAAAUGUUGAGAAGUAUCGUAUCUCUAUCAGAUCCAAGAAGUGGUGGUGGCCAGUGUUUAUGUAUUACAUUGACCUUGCGGUGCAGCAAACCUGGCACAUUUACCGUGCCACUGAUGCAAGAUUGAGGCAACCAUUAGAUCUGUUAGGUGUCAGACGAGCUCUGGUUACUGUGCUGCUUGUUCAGGGGCGUACACCUGCUGUCAGCCCUGGCAGACCAAGAGGUAGGAUGAGGCCAUUGUCAAGAAGAAUUCCAGACCAUAUCCGACUUGAUGGUAAAAAUCAUUACGCAGAGCCAGCAAAAGAAGUGCGCUGUUCAUUGUGUGGAAAAAAAUGCAGGACACAAUGUUCCAAAUGUAAUGUUGGAGUGCACAGGAAAUGCUUUGAAAUGUUUCACAGUGUUUAGGUAUUCAUACGAUCAAAGCCAAAAGACAUGAACAAUAAUAAUUCAUAUUCAGAAUGAAUUUCAGAGUGAACACUUCUGUGCCUAAUGUCUACUUUUGUAGGAAAAGUAAUAGAAAACAUUGCCUGUAUAAACUUUAAGGAUUUUUUCAAGUAAAAGUUAUCAAAUAAACCAACAAUAGGUUAUCUGGACAUAUAUUCUAUAUGUGUUUUACAUAUACCCAUUUGCGCCUGUUGUCUACUUUUGUAGACAAAAUAUUAAAACACUAAAAUAAAAAAUGCAGUACUUAUAUUUGAAAAAUAAACGGAUAUAUGUUAUAACUAUAUGGUUACUAUAUGUUUUAUACAUUUCUUAUAUAAAAAUA